GAGAAGGAAGCUCUCCGAUCCUGUCGGUCCUGAUAGCCCAGCUUCCUGACAGGAGUCAAACGUAACACGUUGCGUCCUCAAGUUAAAACAAGUGACUUCAAUCAAAGGUUUCUAGGGAUAAGCAGCCUUGUUGCCAGCUCCUUUUCCGACAGAAAAUGAACAUUCACGUCGAUGGGAUAGUAGCUAUUGUCCUGUUUUAUCUGUUGAUCUUAUGCGUUGGAAUAUGGGCCUCUUGGAAAAGUAAAAAUUCGGGCACAGAUCAAGAUCGGAGUGAAGCCAUAAUGAUUGGAGGAAGAGACAUUGGCUUACUGGUUGGCGGGUUCACCAUGACAGCGACCUGGGUUGGCGGUGGUUACAUCAAUGGCACAGCAGAGGCGGUUUAUGUUCCUGGAUACGGCUUAGUCUGGGCACAGGCUCCAUUUGGAUAUGCACUCAGCCUGGUUUUAGGUGGUUUGUUUUUCGCUAAACCCAUGCGUUCGCGGGGUUACGUGACCAUGUUGGAUCCAUUUCAGCAGAUCUACGGCAAACGAAUGGGAGGAUUGCUUUUCAUCCCCGCUCUCUUGGGAGAGAUCUUCUGGUCUGCAGCCGUACUGUCCGCGCUAGGUGCAACCCUGAGUGUGAUUGUAGACAUCAACAUAAACAUAUCGGUUAUUAUUUCUGCUGUGAUCGCAAUAUUCUACACUCUGUUGGGUGGAUUGUACUCGGUCGCAUACACGGAUGUUGUCCAGUUAUUCUGCAUCUUCAUAGGAUUGUGGAUCAGCAUCCCUUUCGCCAUGUUAAAUCCAGCAGUUACAGAUAUCACCAUCACAGCAAGUCAGGAGGUUUACCAGGAGCCUUGGCUGGGGAGUCUGAAUGCACCGGAUAUCUUUACCUGGAUAGACAACUUCCUAUUAUUGAUGUUGGGUGGAAUCCCGUGGCAGGUGUAUUUUCAAAGGGUCCUUUCUGCUUCUUCUGCUACCUAUGCACAGGUCCUCUCCUUUCUGGCUGCUUUUGGCUGCGUAGUCAUGGCCAUUCCGUCUGCACUUAUCGGUGCAAUUGGUGCAUCCACUGACUGGAAUCAGACUUCAUAUGGUUUGCCAGAUCCCAAAAACAAGAAUGAGACUGACAUGAUUUUGCCAAUAGUGCUUCAGCAUUUGUGUCCAUCCUAUAUUUCCUUUUUUGGCCUUGGAGCUGUCUCUGCUGCAGUGAUGUCAUCAGCUGACUCUUCCAUCUUGUCAGCAAGUUCCAUGUUUGCUCACAAUAUUUACCAUCUUGCAUUCAGACAAGAGGCCAGAGACAAAGAAAUAGUGUGGGUAAUGCGAAUCACCAUCUUUCUGUUUGGAGGAGCAGCAACAUCCAUGGCACUGCUGGCCCAAUCUAUCUAUGGUCUAUGGUAUCUGAGCUCAGACCUUGUCUACGUUAUUAUCUUUCCUCAGUUAAUAUCAGUGCUCUUCAUCAAAGGAACGAACACAUAUGGCUCUAUCGCUGGAUAUUUCAUUGGUCUUUUGCUUCGAAUUAGUGGUGGUGAACCAUAUUUACAUCUGCAGCCAUUUAUUUGUUACCCUGGAUGCUAUUUAGAACAUAGCUUUGGAGGUGAACCAGUCUACAUUCAGAGAUUCCCCUUUAAAACCAUGUCAAUGUUAUUCUCCUUCUUUGUCAACCUUGGUGUUUCAUAUCUCGCCAAACAUCUGUUUGAAAGUGGAAUAUUGCCACCAAAAUUAGACUUCCUUGACAGUGUUGUGUCACGACAUAGUAAGGAAAACAUGGACAAAACAAUCUUGGUGAAUCAUGACAAUAUUACUUUAUCAGAGCUGGUGCAUGUUAAUCCAAAACACAGUGCUUCACAUAAUGCUGCUUUCAGCAAUAAGGAAGCAUUUGAAGACACUGAGCCAAAUUUUGAACUUUCCAAGUCAGACAAUGACUGA